UGUGAAGGUUGUCAACAGUGGGUUCCGGGCGUUCUGUUCAGUCCCGGAAAGAGAAACAUAAAGUUCUACUGUGCGGAGUGUAGAGCAAAACGUCGGGAGCGCGGGAGAAAGCUCAACUACUACAAGCGUUUUGGCUGCGGCGAGUGUUCGGCCUGUGCCGUGCCGAGCGACUGCGGUGAGUGCCGGGCCUGUGUCGGCAGGAACGGUAGGAACGGCAGGAGGUGGACGUGUCAUCGACGGCGGUGCCACAAGCUGAAGGAAGUAAAGGUCGAGCCACAAGGCACAAAGUCACUGGAUGGACCUAAGAAGAAGACGAAGCGCCGGUCCCGCAGAACGAAGAAGCCAGCGCCGAGCAGAGCACCGCCCACAGACAUCAAGCCUGACCCCAGUGGCCCGGGUAAAGUGUCCACGACAGCUAAACACAAGGCGGCAUUAGAGAAAAUGAAGGCUGGAAAUAUGCAAGCUGGUGUCCUCACUACUGGCUCUACUACUGGCUCUACUGCUGGCUCCAGUCGCAAAUCUGAGUUUCCGAGAUAUCUCUGCAAGGCAUUCAUUGAUGCUGGAAUUCCACUGGGGAAAUUGGAAAACAAAUCUCUCCGAGGUUUUUUGGAGAAAUACACGGAGCAACCUAUACCGAGCGAGUCAUUAUUAUGGAAAAAAUAUGUUGACAGCAACUUUGACAUUGUCGUGCAGAAAAUCAGAGACAAAGUUGCAUGCAACAAAAUAUGGAUCUCGAUAGACGAGACAAUCGAUGCUGUGGGGAGAUAUGUUGCUAAUGUGGUCAUCGGUACACUGGAGGCUGGUCAACCAUCACAGGAGUAUUUGUUGACUUCGGAAGUAUUGGAGAAGACAAACAGCUCAACUAUUGCUCAGUUGUUUACAUCUGCACUUACUGUACUUUGGCCAGAAGGUAUAAAACACGAGAAUGUUCUUCUGUUUGUGACUAAUGCAGCUCCAUACAUGAAAAGCGCUGCUUGUGCUCUUAAAGUUUUAUUCCCCAAAAUGUUGCAUUUGACAUGCUUGGCUCAAGGACUCCAUGAAAUUGCAGAGCACAUACGCAGCUUGUUUCCAAAUGUUGAUCGCCUGGUUUCCAACGCCAAGAAAAUCUUCCUCAAAGCACCGUCACGUGUGCAGUUGUUCAAGGAAAAGGCACCCGAGAUUCCGCUACCUCCUCAGGCCGCUUUGACUAGGUGGGGUACAUGGCUCUCUGCUGUACACUACUUUGCUGCACAUUUUGAAACGAUAAAAGAAAUCGUGAACUGUUUUGAAGAAGAAGAAUCUGCUGCUGUCAGGAUCGUCAGUGAAAUCAUGCAGAACCAGUCCCUCCACCGUGAUCUUCUGUUUCUUGCUUCCAAUUUUGCAAACUUCCCACAAGCUAUCGCUUCCCUUGAGAAACGUGGCGAAACAUUAACGAACAACUUGCAAGUUUUCAACGAAGUAACUGACGAUCUCCGUAAAGUUCCUGACGGCGUAGGUAAAGACAUACAAGAAAAAUGUGAGAGAGUGAUUUCAGGUAACAAGGAUCUUGAAGAAAUACAAAACAUCAAUAAAGUUCUCAAAGGUGGUUGUGAUGUACAAGGUAUCGACAUCAAUAUGGAGUCUGUAGCUUGUUUCAGGUAUGCACCAGUGACCUCAGCUGAGGUAGAAAGAAGUUUUCCACAAAUGAAGCAUACUUUGUCUGACACUCGGCAUUGUUUAACACCAGAUAAUAUGAAAAAAAUGAUAGUAAUUAUGUGCAACCAGGAAAUGUAGUAUACCUUUAUAUUAUCAUUUUUAACCAUAUUUUGGUGGGAAUUACUUGCCCUUUUAUGCUUUUUUUUUGUCAAUAAAUGCCUUUUUCGUGCC